AUGCAAGAGGUAGUAGAUAGCUUUCGUUAUCUUGGUGGCCAAGUUGAAGUGAAAGUAAAAGUAUCUUAUUUGACCUUGUCAAAGGCUGGAGUUUGCUUGACUAAAACGGAAAGCAUUUUCACACAAAAUGAAACUAUUAAGACACAAAAACAGAACAGUAGACAACAGGGAGGAAACCUUCAGUCUGAACAGACCAAAAUUCCCAUUCUCUUAGGGAGAGUUGAGCCAAUACCACCACCAAUACCACCACCAAUACCACCACAACCAAUACCACCACCAACACCACCACCAACACCACCACAACCAAUACCACCACCAACACCACCACCAAUACCACCACAACCAAUACCACCACCAACACCACCACCAAUACCACCACCAAUACCACCACCAAUACCACCACCACCAAUACCACCACCAACACCACCACCAACACCACCACCAACACCACCACCACCAAUACCACCACCAAUACCACCACCAAUACCACCACCACCAAUACCACCACCAACACAACCACCAACACCACCACCACCAAUACCAUCACCAAUACCACCACCAAUACCACCACCAACACCACCACCAACACCACCACCAACACCACCACCACCAAUACCACCACCAAUACCACCACCAAUACCACCACCACCACCACCACCAACACCACCAUCGCCACCACCGCUGCCACCAAUACCACCACCAACACCACCAACACCACCACCACCAAUACCACCACCAACACCACCACCAACACCACCACCAAUACCACCACCAACACCACCAACACCACCACCACCACCACCACCAACACCACCACCAACACCACCACCAACACCACCACCACCACCAACACCACCACCAACACCACCACCAACACCACCACCAACACCACCACCACCACCACCACCACCAACACCACCACCAACACCACCACCAACACCACCACCACCAAUACCACCACCAACACCACCACCACCAAUACCACCACCACCAACACCACCACCAACACCACCACCACCAACACCACCACCAACACCACCACCAACACCACCACCAACACCACCACCAACACCACCACCAACACCACCACCAACACCACCACCAACACCACCACCAACACCACCACCAACACCACCACCAACACCACCACCAACACCACCACCAAUACCACCACCAAUACCACCACCAACACCACCACCACCACCACCAACACCACCACCAAUACCACCACCAACACCACCACCAAUACCACCACCAAUACCACCACCAAUACCACCACCAACACCACCACCAACACCACCACCAACACCACCACCACCAAUACCACCACCAAUACCACCACCAAUACCAUCACGAAUACCACCACCAAUGCCACCACCAACACCACCACCAACACCACCACCACCAAUACCAUCACCAAUACCACCACCAAUACCACCACCAACACCACCACCAACACCACCACCAAUACCACCACCAACACCACCACCAACACCACCACCAACACCACCACCAACACCACCACCACCAAUACCACCACCAAUACCACCACCAAUACCAUCACCAAUACCACCACCAAUGCCACCACCAACACCACCACCAACACCACCACCACCAAUACCAUCACCAAUACCACCACCAAUGCCACCACCAACACCACCACCAAUACCAUCACCAAUACCACCACCAAUGCCACCACCAACACCACCACCAACACCACCAACAAUACCACCACCACCAAUACCAUCACCAAUACCACCACCAAUACCACCACCAACACCACCACCAACACCACCACCAACACCACCACCACCAAUACCA